GGCAAACCGUUUCGUAUUAUUUUAUUCUCGCUUACACAUAUCAGAAUAAGACCAUAUUGUCAACAAAGCUCUAUCGCUUUCCAAACGUUACUCUAGAAAUUAUGAAAUGUAACAAGGCACAUUUUUAGCUUCUUAUGCUAUAUCGAAAGCAAGACUCAAUCUUUACCCAGAGUCUUAUCAAUCCUUUACAAAUAUCAUAUGACUAGUCAAGAAACCAGUUUGGAAAACUUUUCAACGAAACUGGAGUUCGUCGUUAGAUUGUUGUUGGAGUAAGUUUUCUUAGCCUCGUUGCAGCGAAAGUAAAAGACAAUUGUCGCGCUAUAAUGUCUUCUAUAUUUUAGCUCUUCAAAUAGAAUGUUGUUCAUUUCGUUUGCUGCGUUUAUCUCAAUUGGAUCCUUGGUUUUGUUCUGUAAUAUAGUCUGACGUGCUAGUUUUUUUUAUAAAGUUACCAAUCAGUUGUCCGUCUCCUGAAGAAAGGUUUUCAAAUUACGAAUACUUUAGUAAUUGUAGGUAUGAGAUGAAUCGUUACGAAGUAGCGAGAAGAUUUUCAUCUGAACAGCCUCUAAAGAUGAUCUGCUAUUGGAAGUUCCACCACUUGAGAUCCAAAUCUCGUGCCAAAAUUUCCAUUUGUCUUGCAAAAUGUAUGCUGUAAAGACACUCUUUCCUUUGUCACUUUUGCAAAGUACAGUACAGUCACCUAUGAUUUUUAAAGAAGUUUAUUCGCCAAUAAUUCAACGGACUUGCCGUGUAGUCUUCUCGAAAGAACCUGAUGUUUCAUUGUCAUAUAAGAAAGGUUGUAAUCUUUUGCCUCAACAGUCUUCUCCUUCUGUAGGAGUGCAAGUUCCCGUUCGCUUACUUGUAGCCAAGUUUGGUCUAUUAUUGAAUAGCAGCUCCGUCCAUAAAGGCAUGACAACAAAGUUUACAAAGAGACAAGUAUCGGACAUAAGGUCGGCAGUUGAGACAGCACCAGGAAAGACAGUAGGAGAUAUUUUAAAGGUAAAAGGUGAAAAAUUUUAUCGCAUCAAGACCACAGAUUUUGUAUAUGAUGCUAUCAAAAAAAUGGUGGAUAAUAAUGUUGGUUCACUGGUAGUUAUUGAUGUAGAUGGUGAUGGUAUAACUGGAAAACCUCUAGGUAUUGUAACAGAAAGAGAUUAUUUACGAAAGAUAGUAUUGCUUGGUCGCUCAUCUAAAACAACUUAUGUAAAGGAUAUAAUGACGUCUGCAAAUAACCUUGUUAGCGUCAGUCCUUCUGCAUCUCUUAAUGACUGUAUGGAACUAAUGACACAAAAGAGAAUUCGUCAUAUUCCAGUAAUAGACAACGAUGGGAACGUGAAGGGGAUGGUAUCGAUAGGAGAUAUCGUCAAGGAACUAGUUGAGGAACAUCGACAUGAAGCAAAGAAAUUGAAUGAAUAUAUACAGGGAACUUAUUAACUUUAUUUUUGUGUUAGUCGGGUAAAUUCAUUUGUGGUUAGCUUGUUUGUGCUUAGAAAUCACAUAAAAGUGGUUUGUGGUGUUCAAUUUU